AUGAACCGUUUUACACUGACUCGGCAAUUAGAAUUGCCGCCGGCGCCUUCUCAAUUUUUCGCAGGGAAUCAUUUAAAUCGGCUGGCUUUUCUUCGUUCAAAUAGAGAAUUUAUGCAGAAAGCCUUCUGUUCUCCCACCACCAAAUUCCUUCCUUUCAACGCUCUCAACCCUGCUGUGAUUGUCAAGGAAGAAAAGCUCUUUACCUUGUCUUAUCCCCAAAUUUCCAAGUACUUUCAUGUUUCUCCCUUUGAAAUUCCAGAAAAGCAGUUAGCUGAAAAAUACAGCAAUCAUUCCUUUUCUUUACCUUCGUUAGUUUUUCUUGGUAAUGACGAAAAUGGCAACGCUGGUCAAGGGUGGGACCACAAUAACGUUUUCGCCAUAGAUGUAACAGAAAUAGAAGAGAUUCAAAAGUUUGUACAAAAUAGCGGUGCGGUUUUUGUAAACCUGCGUGAUAUUUUUUCCCAGGGAUACAAAUUACAAGCCUCCGAUUCUGGUGUUUGUGCCUUCGCUCGCUCCCUCUUAGACUGGAUUUCUAGAUACAAAUUUUGCCCGGGAUGUGGUUCAAGGAACAUGCCUACGCAGGGUGGAACAAAAUUAGUGUGUUCGAACGCUGUCAUGAAUCCUUCAUCCACUUGUCCAUCGAAACAAGGUACCAACAAUUAUCAGUUUCCUCGAACUGAUCCAUGUGUAAUUAUGGGUGUUCUUUCACAUGAUAUGAAAUCAAUCGCUCUCGGUAGAGCUGCAAGACAUCCUCCAGGAUUAUACGCUUGUUUAGCAGGAUUUUUGGAGCCCGGUGAAAGCAUUGAGGAAGCUGUUAGUCGCGAGGUUUACGAAGAAUCGGGUCUUGAAGUUGAGAAAGUUCUCUAUUAUACUAGCCAACCUUGGCCUUUUCCUCAAAGCUUGAUGCUGGCUUGCUUUGCUAUCGCCAAGAAAGAUGCUAAAAUAUCUAUGGAUAAGGAUUUGGAGCUAGAAAAUGUACGUUUCUUUUCGAGAGAGGAACUUGUGAAUUCGCUAGAAUGGACUUCGGAAUCUCAGCCUCCUCCAGUCCGUUUUCCCCCGGAAUUAUCGAUUGCCAAAAAUUUAAUCAAGGCUUUUGCUUACAACAAGUAUAAUUGA